CUUCAACACCGCGCCUCACCUCACCCGACUCGGGAUGCGCGCGCCCAUCUCGUCACCGCAGCCCUUCCUCCUCGCUGCCUGUCCCUGCGCCGCCCGCACUGCGCCUCGAUGCCGCGCCCGCCAUGCCGCAUCCCGCUCCUCAGGCCCGUCCGCCCCGGCGCGCGCUGGGCAACAGCAGCAGCAAGAGCAGCAAGAGCAGCAGGUUAUAGCAGCAGAAGCAGCGGGAUCGCCACGCCGCCGCCGCCGUACCCCCUCCGUGCGGGAGCGGCAGCGACGACGACAGAAGCAGCAGAAGCAGCAGCAGACGCCGCCGCCGCCAACAACCCGUCCCGGACGCUCCUCACGCUCGCCAUCGAGACGUCGUGCGACGACACGGCCGUGGCGGUGCUGUCGCGGUGCCGCGCCACGGGCCGCGCCUCGCUGCUCUUCAACGAGCGCAUUUCUUCGGACAACCGGGCAUUUCGCGGCGUGAACCCCGCCGUCGCGGUGCAGGGGCACAACGCGUCGCUGGGGCCGCUCGUGAGGCGGGCGCUGGCUACCCUGCCGGACGCUGCUGCUGAUGAUGAUUAUAGUAGUAGCACGACGACGGCGGCGGCGGCAGCGGCGACGACGACCUCGGAGGGGAGCUCGGCGACGUCGCGGAGCUCGCGCACGUUGAACGUGGGCGGCAGGCAAAAGGCCCUGCCGGACUUUGUGUCGGUCACGCGCGGGCCCGGCAUCAUGGCCAACCUCGCCGUCGGGCUCAACGUGGCCAAGGGCCUCGCCGUCGCGUGGGACGUGCCGCUGCUCGCCGUCCACCACAUGCAGGCGCACGCCCUGACGCCGCGCCUCGUCGACGCGCUGGGCAUGGAUAUGGACAUGGGCAUGGACAAGGACACGGCUACUCGAGGCCAUGGCAACAACACAAUCGGGUCCGCCGCCGCCGCGUCGCCAGACUUUCCGUUCCUGUCGCUCCUCGUCUCCGGCGGGCACACGCAGCUCGUGCACUCGGCCUCGCUCACGGACCACCGCAUCGUCGCCACCACGGGGGACAUUGCCAUCGGCAACCUGCUCGACCAGACGGCACGCGUCAUCCUGCCCGAGGACGUGCUCGAGGCCAGCCCGGACGUCAUGUACGGCCGCGUGCUCGACGCGUUUGCGUUUCCCCCUUGUCCGCCUCCUCCUCCUCCUCCUGGUCCUACUUCUCCUCCUCGCCCGUUCGCCGCCUCAGCAGCAUCAGCAGCAUCAGAAGCAGCAGCAGCAUCAGAAGCAGCAGCAGCAACACCAGGCGCUACCCACGACGACGGCGUGGCCGCCCAACACGAGGCCUUCUUCCGCCCCGCGACGUCGCGCGCCGACGAAAUCGCCGACGUCCCCUCCGGGUACCCCUGGACCGUGCCGCUGCCCUUCCGCAACUCGCGCCGCCUCGCCUACUCCUUCAGCAGCAUCCACGCGCACGUCCACCGCCUCGCCGCCGAGCGCGGCCCGCACAUGGACCUGGCCGAGCGCCGCGCCCUCGCCAGGCACACCCUCCGCGCCGCCUUUCAGCACCUCGCCUCGCGCCUCGUCCUCGCGCUCGAGGACCGCCCGGAGCUGCUGCCGCUGCUGAACGCCCGUGGAACAAAAGCAGCACCACUAUCAUCAGCAACACCGGCAGCAUCGCCAACCACAACCCUCGUCGUCGCCGGCGGCGUCGCCUCCAACCGCUUCCUCGCCCACGUCCUGCGCACAACGCUCGCCGCCCGCGGCUUCCCCGGCGUGCGCCUCGUCGCGCCCCCCGUCGCGCUGUGCACCGACAACGCCGCCAUGGUGGCCUGGACCGCCAUGGAGAUGUACGAGGCCGGCUGGCGGAGCGACCUGUCGGCGUGCCCCAUCGGCAAGUGGCCCAUGGACCCCAGCGUCGGGCUGGGGAUCCUGGGCGUCGACGGGUGGCUCAGGGACGGCGCUGCGGCUUGACCACCCUGAACACCCCGAAUGCUCGAGCCGGACGGAUGCAGAGCAGCAAGCAACCACAUCUUGUAAAUACAUCGUGUACGUCAUGAUACGACCUGUAACAAAACAUCUGUACUUUAGCGGUCUUUGGCAGACAACGGGUCACGGUCUAUAUGGAAAAAGAAGUGCCUUGUGUAUUUGUUGUACAAGAUACAUUGACC